AUGGGACGGGCUUCUGGUCUGCCUCUUUUUGGGGGGCAACUUCGCGCGUUAGCUUGGAAGACGCUUCUCGUCGCCGUCAUCAGACAUCCGAUCUCCUUCAUCAUCAAAGCUUACCUAAUUCCGAUAGGCAUCGUGGCCGUUCUACUCAACAUACCAAAAUUCGCGACCAACAGUAACAUCAAUGGUGUAGGAACGCCGAUCCCACUGCCCACGCUUGCCGAAACCAUCACCAAGAAGCCCCUAUACAUCGUAAAGACUCAGGGCCUAGGGCCCGAUGUGGAUGAGGUCAUCACCAAAAUCAUACAACCCCUACGGCCGGAGACUGUACGAUUUCUAGACGACGAACCAGAUCUCUUGGCCGAAUGUCUCGCCAACCUUCGGGGCAUCAGCGGCUGCCACGCUUCCAUCACCUUCACAGACUCGCCGCAGACGACCUCUUUCGACACUAUCGACAGUGACCAUCACUGGAACUACACCAUUCGAGCGGACCCGGCAAGGCAAGGAGUUCCAUACAAUGUGCUUGAGCAUGACGGCGACCUCGAGAGGCUCCUCCUGCCUCUGCAGGUUGCCGUGGAGAACGCUAUGACGAACUCAACUACCAACCCCGCCACCUUGCUCUUCACGAGUAAGACUCAGAAGGAGUUGGACGAAACCAUUCGGUCAAGCUCACAAGAGCUCAUCGCCAACAUGUACGGCUUUGCCUUCUUCCUUGGCUUCAUUCAGCAGCUUUUCCAUCUCACCAGUUUGAUAACUCAAGAGCGCGAGGCAGGCAUGUCGCAACUCGUCGAUGCCAUGGGCGGCAACUCUACGGCUCGCGUGUUGUCGUAUCUUGCAGUCUUCAACGUUAUCUACUUUCCCCUGUGGGUUGUUCUUGGCGCCUUACACUGGAACUCCCUCUGGCCAACGAGCAAUCCAUCUCUCCCUAUCAUUUGGCAAGUCCUUCUCGGUCUGGCUGUAAACAGUUCAACCGUAUUUGCGGCAUCUUUCUUCCGCAAAGCCCGUACCGCGCCUGUCUACGUCUCUAGUGUCUUUCUGAUUCUGUCCAUCGGCGCUUUGUUGACUGGGCUCGAAGAGGUCUCAACUGCGACCGUUGCAGCCAUGUCACUCUUCUUCCCGAGUUCCAAUCACUUCUUCUUCGUUCAGUUCAUGUCAUACUGGGAAUACAACCUGCAACCGGCAAUAUUGGGUGACAUACCUCCCCCAGCAUUCUCGGCGCAAAGGAAGCUUCUUGUUACUGGAAGCACGCUUUUGUCAUUCUUGGUCGUGGCCAUUGUGGGCUACCCUCCACUGGCCAUAUUGACAGAAAAGAUCAUGUAUGGUACUGUAUUUAAGAGUCGAACGUUUAAUGGGGAAAGCCGAAGCGCAGACUCAAUUGCGGUUGAGGCCAUAGAUCUCCGGAAAACCUUCAAGCCUUCUCUCACUGGAAGGAUAUUUUGCUGCGGGAGGCAGAAACCUGUGAGCGCCGUCAACGGCGUCAGUCUUCGGGGACAUAGAGAUCAAAUUCUCUGUCUUGUCGGUCAGAAUGGUUCCGGAAAAACCACUAUUUUGAAGAUGAUGGCAGGUCUCCUGACACCCACCGAUGGCACAGUCGCCAUCAGCGCGGCCUCGUCACAGCUAGGCAUCUGUCCUCAGAGAAACACGUUUUGGCCUGAACUAACAGUAGAAGAGCAUAUGUGUAUCUGGAAUCUGAUCAAAGGUGACAGGGACAACCUCGAAAGUAUGGAGCGGCUCAUCGCUGGCUGCGAUCUGUCCCACAAGAUAAAAAGCCCCGCCAGCACUCUCAGUGGCGGACAAAUGAGAAAACUCCAGUUGGCUUGCAUGUUUGUCGGAGGCUCUUCAGUCUGCCUGAUCGACGAGUGUACUUCAGGAUUGGUAAACGCUCCUACGCCUCAAUACCACACUUCGGGGGGGAAGGAUCCCCUUUCAAGGAGAGGAAUUUGGGAAAUUCUUCUGGAGCAGCGAAGUCGGCGAAGCAUCAUCUUGACGACGCAUUUCUUGGACGAGGUUGAGGUUCUUGCCGACCAUAUGGUGAUCUUGUCCAACGGCAAAGUCAAAUGUCAAGGCCCAACUACGGCUUUGAAACAACUUCACGGCGGGGGAUACAAGGUUUCUGUGUCAUAUAAGGGAGGUCCGGUCGACCGACAAUACCCACACACCAUCCAUCAAGACCAACUUGUAUACAAAACUCCCGACUCUGCCUCUGCUGGCCGACUGGCUACAAAGCUGGCCGCCAACGGUGUUCCCGAUGUCUCUAUCGUGGGCCCACAGGUUGAGGACGUUUUUUUGCGCGUAACAGACGACCUAGCAUUGGUCACCAACACCGACUCGGUGUCCCCUAGUACGAACUUUGGUCUAGGACUUGGGAAAACUACAUCCUUCUGGUCGCAGGUGAAGACUCUUCUCUGGAAGAGAAUCAUCGUGUUGAAAAGGUUUUGGUGGCCCUACAUAUACGUCCUGGGCCUCCCCAUCGUUGUCACCCCGUCCUUCUCCGAUAUGUUGAAGGGGUACACAGCUCCGCUUUGUGCAGAUAUCCAGCCGACUUUGUACUCUGCGCACGAGUUCUACGUAUCCUACGGGGGGGGCUAUGUGGUUGAAGGCGAGAUGCGCACUCAUCCCGGAUUUCUUCUCGGUGGACCUCCGUGGGUAAACGAAUCGUUGUACAGCCUGAUGAACAAGAACGGCUCAAUGGCCAGGUACUUCAACAUGUCUCAAUAUGCCGAAUGGGUCCGGCCCGUCGAGACCCUGGACAGGUUCACGAAUUACUUGAAUGAGAAUAAGGGGGAAGUACUACCGGGAGGCAUCUUCAUGGAAUCCAAAACGAGCAACCCGGUGAUUGCCUCGUUCGCUGAAUUUGGAGUCGUCGACGGCAUGACACUUUUCAACCUUUACAGCCAGAUUCGCAGCGACUCUCAGAUCACCGCGUCAUAUGGCCCCAUGGGUGAGACGCCUGCACCAUCAGCUAACUCCGGUAUGUUUUACGCCAUAUUUUUUUGCUUAAUGCAAGCGGUAUAUCCCGCAGCAUUCGCCUUGUAUCCCUCCGUUGAGAAGAGCCGAAAAGUGCGCUCGGUUGGAUACGCCAACGGAGUACGAAGAGCGCCUCUAUGGGUUGCGUACGCCUUGUUCGACUUUUUCUUCGUGGCUGUCAUAUCCAUCGCCAUCACCAUCCACCUCGGGACGAACAUGCCUCUUUGGACUGGUGGUGCAUGGGUCAUGCUGCCCAUUCUGGCCCUCUAUGGUCUAGCGGGCAUUCUUUUCAGCUACAUCAUGUCUGUUCUGUGCAAGACCGGCCCGGGGGCGUUCCUUGCCAUAUCUUCCUCAAACGUAAUCAUGUUCACCAUCGUCGUCGUCGCAUUUGCAGCGCCGAACGCCUUUGUCGACGUCGCAGAAGUAGACGACGCAAUGAAAGCGACAACGUUUGCAUUGAACAUCUUCUUCCCCAUUGGCAACGUCUUCAAAUCAGUCGCCUUCGCCCUCAACGUUAUGGAGAUUAGUUGCGGAGGAGAUGCCAUCAUACCAGCUUCGUCAAUCCAUGCGUACGGUGGACCGGUUCUGUACCUGAUUGUUCAGGUUGCCACGCUGUUUGGUAUUCUCAUAUGGCUGGAAGGAUACCACUUUUCCUGCAAGGCUGAAGCGGUCAAGCAUAACCCCAUGGAAGAAGACUCGGAGAAGUUGCCAAGCUGCUCGAGUAACGACGUCAAGGCGGAGAAACUCCGAGUUGAAGAGACUACGGAAGAUCCUUUACGAACCCUGCACCUCACAAAGUCCUUUGAUCGGACUCUUGCCGUCGACGAUAUCUCCCUGGGUAUUGGCAAAAGUGAGGUGUUGGCAAUCAUCGGGCCCAAUGGUGCGGGAAAAUCGACACUGAUCAACUUGAUCCGAGGAGAUUUGAUACCGGACCACGGCAAUGGAUAUCUCUGCGGAGACGAUGCCAACAGUGACUCUGCCCAGAAACAUCUUGGGGUCUGUGCCCAAUAUGAUGCACUGGACUUGAUGAGCACCGAAGAGCAUCUGGACUUUUUUGCAAGGAUCAAGGGCGUCGAUGAUGUCCAGCAGAACGUCGACACAGUCAUGGCAAAGCUGGGCCUGACACAGUAUGCUACCCGAUCAGCCUCCAAGCUGUCUGGCGGCAACAAGCGGAAGCUGAGUCUUGCUAUUGCAAUCAUGGGCACGUUAGGUUUCGUAUUUAAGAAGCUCAUUUGCACGCCUCCCAUCCUUGUCUUGGAUGAGCCGACGUCGGCCAUGGACGCGGUGGCCAAGCGGGCAUUCUGGAAGAUCAUCCAGCAAAUUUCGCCGAAUCGUUCUGUAUUGCUCGCUACGCAUAGUAUGGAGGAGGCAGACAUCCUCGCCCACAGAGCUGCCGUCAUGUCGCGGCGGGUCCUCGCCAUCGGCACCACCAGGGCCCUGCGGCAGAGAUAUAGCAACUUGUACUACGUCCGAAUUCUCCUCAAGACAGCCCCACUGUCCACAGCCGAGGAGAUGGCCUCCAUUAAGGCAUGGGUGGAAGAUAGGGUACCUGGGACGACUAUGGAGCGAGUAGCACUUGGUGGCCAGAUUAGCUUCACUGUCCCGGGAUCUAGAAACCAGGACGUGGAGAAGACGUUGAAUGGACAGAACGCAACGAGAAGUGACAUUGGCACAAUUUUCGAUCUAAUAAGGUUGUUGGAAGAGUCGAAGAAGAGCCGCGGUAUCGAGUACUACUCGAUUGGGGGGGCCACUUUGGAAAGGGUACUCCUUAAUGUGAUGAAGGAGAACGGCAUCACCGCCGAUGAAGAUCAGAAAAUAAGGAAAAGUUGGUGGGGAUUUUGAGGGAGGUAAAUGGGCAGCUUACUCGGACACGAAAAGCUGGAUGAAGCACCACAUGGCGGCGAGCUCUCUAGUUUUGUUUACAGCAUGUAGGAACGAUAGCAGGGUGCACCAAUAACAGG